AUCGAACGUUCGUUAAUGUGGUGUGAAGUCAGUUAUUGGCACCAUUCUCUUACCUUGCUUUUUGUAGAAACUUUGGACCGAUCCCAGCCGUUCACGCAACGCAAGGAACGUGAUGAUUACCAUUGUUCGCUUUCAAAGGAAACUUCUUCUCUCGAGCGACUAGUCAACUACAUACUUCAAUCGUUAUUUGAAUGUUUGGAAUAAUGCGGUCGUUAACGGUCGAAUUCUUUGCUGUAAAUUGUUAAAGAGCACGCAAAAAUGGCUUCUAAAAGACCAUUGGUUAAACAAAAAGUGACUUAUGGCUUCUCGGAAGAUGGAAAUUUGUAUGAAAACGAAGACGAUAUCUCUGGCAAGCAAAGUUUAACAAAACGCGUUUCGUUUCACAAUCAUGAGCUGAGUGACUCAGAUUCAGAUGAAGAGAAUUCCCUCGGAAGGAUAAAUCGCUCAUCUUCAAAGCCUGCUGGGGAUUCCCUUGAUGGUCUUUUCAGGGAAUCGGACUCUAAAGAAAAGGAAAGCCUUGUGGGGUUGGCAAAGGCAGCAUCCCCAGGAAGACCGAGAUCAAACGACAAGGGUACGUAAGUAAGUUCGUUGAUGCACAAAGUAUCGAAUAUUGCACUGUUGCAGUUGGAUACAUUGUAUAUACCACAUAUUUAAACCCGAAAAGGAGUCAACAAUUCAAAGAAAAAAGUAUUUACGAUUUGUCUUAUUUUAAACACUGUGCAUGUAUAUACAGUAUAAAUUAAAUGAUCUUUAUUUAAAAAAUUUUCCAUUUUAACCAAUACUCAUUUAUACUCAUUAUUAGAUCUUGUUAGACACAAAAUUAGUAGGAAAAAUCCCAAUUUAUUUAAAGAUGGAAUUAAUCGAUAAUUAUGCUCUGCUUAUGCUGUCUUCAAUUUCAUUUUGUAGGGCAACCCAGGCCUGUCCCAAGAUCUCGUCCAACUAUUUCAGUAAAAAAGUCGCAGUUGGAAGGUUAUUCUGUAACUUCUACUCAGCAGUCAUCAGAUGAAGAAGAAGGGAACAUGUACACUGUAAAAAAAUCCAGUGAAACAAUUAAGACAAAGGAUGGAUACCCAGUCCCACCUCCAAGAACUUCGCCAAGGCAGCAUUCAGAAAGGACUUCUUCAUCAAAUGUGGUUUCACCCAGACCUGUGCCACGAUCUAGGCCAGCUUUGUCCCCUAGAGAAGGACAAUCAAAAUUGUUUCAACAGGACUCUGGUUUAUUGAAAGAUGAUAUGAUCAGAAGAGUGAGAGAUAUUGAAGUUCCUGAAUUCAAAGAAUCUAAAAAAGCAGCAGAUAAACCUGUGGCUCCUUUGAGAAGGAAAAAGACUCUAGAGGAAACACAUGAAGGUACAAGACCUCAGAUUACCAAAACUAUUAUUUCCACUUUUGAGAAUGAAAGCCUGGCUCCAGGCAACAAUGAUGGGAGAGCAAUUGAACAAGAUGGGAACUUGAGACAUGGGAAAGUUAGAAAAGUCAAAGGUCGACCUAUGAUUUCAAGACCAAGGUCAGAUUCCUUUGAGGAAUUAGAAAGUGGAGAUGAUACAGAAAUAGUAAAUAACAGAAAAGGUUUCUAUGGCAGAGAGUAUCAUGAGGAAGAUAAAAGUUACCAAAGGGCUGUGACAGACUCUUCCGAAGGACUUGAAAGGGUGCCACCUAAACCUUCACCUCGAAAUCGCAAACAAAAUCAUCAAGAGGUAGAACAAAGUGCAAACCAUGUCAAGCAUUCAGAUGCCCCUUUAAUGAAGAAAGCAUCAAGUCUUGAGAUGUUACAAUCCAAGCAGAAUUCAUUUUCAGAGAAAGACAUGCAUGUAUCUGUGCCCAAAGAAAGAGGAACUCAGAGAUUGGAGUUGAAAAAGAGCCUUACCCCAAAGAGACCUGUUAGUGCUAAAAAGAGCUCUUGGAUGGGCCAAGAAAGGGUCCAAUCUGAUAUAACAGACACUUUUGAAGAGCAUGUCCCUCCAGCAGAAAACAUUAUCAUGGGAAACCAAAAUGAAAGAAGCUCCAGAAUGAAAAGAGGAUCAGAGUUUGAAUCAGGUACCUUUACAAUAUUUUGUAGGAUUAGAGUACUUCUUUAAGUUGCAAUCAAAGAAACAUGAUUUGAAUUCUUAGUAGAGAUUGACAGUGUGGCAGAGCAUAGGAGUGAAAAAUUGAAAGUUUUGGAGUUUGAUUGCUAAUACUCAAGCAACUUAAUAAUGUGAUCUCUGUAAUUGUAGUAAUAGUAAUGAUAAUUAUAAUAAUUUAGCAGUGGAAAUUCCACAAGGUGGCUCAGUCCAAUGUUUGCAGUUUGAAUUGGAACUUGGAAUGUUGGUUUUCGUGGCGUGAGGAAAAAUUGAGUUCCCUGAAAAAACCCUCAAAUGAGGAGGACAAGAAUCCACACCAUCCAUUGCUCCUCAAACUUGCAAACAAAGGGACUAACUUCCUAACAUUGACUGAUAUACAGCCUAGUAACAAUUUACAGUUGUAAGGUAGUUGAUGAAUCUCUUCAUGGUUUAAUUAUGUUAGGUGGUGGUAAACAAAGAUCUGGACCGUUAAAGGCUAAUCAUCUUAUUAGCCAAGUGGUGAGAUCGCCACUCCCAAGAGAAACACAAACAGAUGUUUGGGCAGAAACCAGUGGUGUAAGUCAUGGUCAGAAUCUUACAACAAAGAGAUCUUUGUCAUUGACAAAUUUGAGAGGUACCAGCCCAGAGCUUUUAAGUGAGAGUGGAAGUGCAAGGAGCUCACAACACAGCAGCUUGAUGGAUACAACAUCAAUACGUCAGGCCGUGUUUGAUGAGUGGAAGUCAAAGAAAAGUGAAAGAUUGAGAGAGCAAAUGGCCAGCAAGUCUGCUGAGAAGAAAAAACUUGAAGAGAAGGAAAAAGAGGAACGUCAAAGAAAAAAAGAUGUAAGCUAGUGUAAACUAAUAGUUAAUAUGUGUUUAUGAAAUCAAUAUAACAGGUGUUCUAGGCAUUCAGUUAACCCUUUACUCCCAUAAGUGACCAAGACUGAAUUUCUCCUUAUAAUAUCAAUACAAUAUCAAGCAGACAAGUGACGAGAAUAAAGAAAAAUGUAAAUGAGGGCAUGAUUAGUUGAUCCAUUACCAUAUUCUCAGAACAAACAUAGUGAGAAUGAUAUGGCAGACAGUAAGGAGAAUAAAUAAGGGCAUGUUGGGAGUGAAAGGGUUCAUAAAACCAAAAGUAAAUGGUGGCAUUUGAUAGUAGAGGAGGAGUGAAAAAACCAGGGGAGAUUUGAGCAUUGUGUAAUUUACCAGACCCAACCCAAACUUCCAUCCCUUAUACACUCUUCCACUACUAUUGCAAUGGUACUGUUUCCUAUUUUUACUUUAUUUUGCUAACUGACUGCCUGGAAUGCAGGCUAUUAUGAAAAUGUGCAUUUUUACAUCAUAUUUAACAUUUUUAUUGCUUUGGAUUCCACAUUUCAGGUGUAUGGUUUAUCAAGCCUGAAUGCUUAUAUCUCUGCUAUGCUUAUAUCAUGCUCGUGUCAUGUUUAAAAGCAGUGUUUCAAAGUUUCCUCCUUUUUUUUUUCAUUCUUUUCCUUUCAUUUAAUUUAUAGACUGUUUAUAUUUUUCAGGCAAAGAUGGCUUUUGAAUCUUGGAAUGAAAAGAAACAAAAAGUAAACAUAGAAAAAAAUGCCAAGAAAAAGGAAAUAAUGAAUAAAGAACUGGAAAAGCAAAAAGAACAAAACCUUAGAGCAAGAGAUGCAAAAAAAUACUUUGAAUCUUGGAAGGCAAAGAAAGAUGAAGAACUUAAAAAGGAACAUCAUAAGAAGAAAGAGGAAGAAGUUAACAAGAUAAAGAAAAAUGAAGAAGAACAAAAAGAGAAAACUGUUGAUUCACAAAAAGCAUUUGACAACUGGUGAGACAUUUAUUUUUCUCCAAAUUGUGACCAAUAAAAUUUUUAUUUUUUUUCUUUUGGACUGGUCUCUUGUAGUUGUUAAAUGUUAAUGCUUAAUUUUUCAAUGACAUGCUCAAAUUCACAAUUGGGUCUUUUAUGUAAUGUUCACACAUCGAUUUGGUUUACUGCUGUCAAUGGAAUAUUACAACUGUAAUUUAAAUUUUUUCAAUGACUUGCUCAAAUUCACAAUUGGGUCUUUUAUGUAAUGUUCACACAUCGAUUUGGUUUACUGCUGUCAAUGGAAUAUUAAAACUGUAAUUUAAAUUUUUUUUCAGAGGUUCAUUGUCAUUUAACAAUAGGCCAUUUCCAAAUUACUGCUGGCCUCAUUUUCAAAAUGAGUCCUGGUGCUCAUCCUUUCACAUGAUUAAAUUUUCAUUCACAUGCAAAUUAAACUAAUUUUUAUACAAAUGGUUGAGCACCCAGCCUUGUUUUAAAAAUAGGUGAAAGGUAAUUCAGAAAGGUCUACUGAAUAACCUCAAUAAGACCUACGGAAGGCAAUAUGAUUUGUCCAUUUAUUUUUUUAAUAAUUGUUAAAUUAUUAAUUAAAAUAACUAUAAAAUUUUUUUCAAAGUAAUAUCAAUUUUAAUAUUUAUGUUAAAACAUUAUCAUACCCAAGACACAAAGUAUUUUGUGUUUUCUUUAUUGUGAGAUUUCACCAUUUGAUGUCAUGUUAAAGAUUGUGAGGUUAUCCAUUUUAUGUCAUGAGAGUGAAUUUCCAUUUUUUUUUUUUUUUUUCAUUUUGAAUUUAUGUAGGAAAAAGGAAAAAGAUAAAAAGCUCACUGAAGAGUACAAGAAAAAAAGGAGGGAGGUAAAUAAUAACAGCAUGAAAGAAGAGGAAGAAAAGUAUGAGAGAAGCAUUCAGUGCGCUGAGCGUUAUCAGGCCUGGGUGGAAAAGAAAGGGAAACCACGCAGAGGACCACCUCCACCUACACUGACACAGAGGUACUUAGAUACUGAGACAUUGGAGAAAAUUGAAUUUUGUCAUCCAGUCACCAUUCACAGGCUGUUGGUAAAAUGCUAACAAAAGGUCACGUUCAAUGAAUAAUACAUAAACCCUUCCUCACAAGGUGUGAACUUUCAUUACAACCCUUAAAAUUUAUAAACUUUAAGUUACACUGUGACCUAGCAGGUUAUUUUUGAAGCCUUUUUUUUAAUAGGAAGUCACAUCAAGGAAAGAGGAUUUAUCAAAAGUAAAACGCAUUCAUAUGUACAGUAUUACCCUUUAAUUUAAUAGAAAAUGUCAAUGGUCAUUUUUAUGGCAAACAGUAACUUUGGAAGUAUUAAGCACUCUAACAACAGCUAAAAAGAUGGGCUCCAAGAGUGGUUUGGCUUGCCAGAGAUGUCCCAAGACCAUGGAGACUUUGAAGAUGUUCAAAAGCUACAUUUAAGGGUUAUCAAGCUAUCUUUGAUUGCGUGUAGUAUUGCAAACAAUACAUCAGCCAAACCAUUUCAAUCCCUAAGGGGGGGGAGGGGGGGGAAGUUGAGGGCCCAAAGUGGAGUGUGUCUUUAGAGAAGAUGACACCAUGUUAUCAUAGUGAGAGCUCAUUUGUCAUUACUUCUUUUAUCUGUUGGGAACAUUUGCUCCUGACCAGUUUUACCUAAUUUUUUUUUUUUCCCAGGAGUUGGUGCCCAAGUGGCAGGAAGUCAGGCAACUGUAUUCCUGGUAAGGUAGGAGCUGUGAUUCAAGCUCCUUCUCCCAACAGAUCACGAACAAUGUCAGGAUCUUACUACUUCAAGACAAACAAGGUAUAUGCAUAA